UUUUUUUUUCCAAAAAGGCACUAAAUUCGAUGGCCCGAGCUCUACCAAGUGACCGUGCGAAUCAUCUUCAAGCUCGACAGUUUCAAAGGAAUUCCAGUAGUUCUCCGAUUACGACAUGCGAAGAGAGAAUUUCACGCCGGAACAUUUCUGUUAAUGCUAAAAGUUAUUUUAUAAAUAUAAUAAUAGACUUAGUUUUUCAAUACAUUUGGUUUAGGAUCCAUUUUGAUUAUACUCAGGCUUUUUUAUCAAUUUUCCCUUUGUUUUAUACCAUUUUUAUUUAUUCUUUUCAUAUGGGGGCCUUUCAUGGUGAGAAGGGACAGACUUUGGUGCCUUCCACACUGGAUAGGCUCAAUAUGUACGGGUGGGGUUGUUUCUUUUCAUUCUUCUGGUUUCGGAUGGUAAAAGCUCGCUAUGAUUAAGUAUAGAUUAUAGGUCAUUCACGCUGGCUUUACUGAAUUGGAAUGAGAGAUUUUGACUUUGAGUGCUAUUUCGCUAUUUCGCAGGACUGAUUUUUUUCCCUAAUUGUAAAGGCUGCAAGUUCAGUGUGCGAUAUUGCAUUUGUGUGUCUGAAUGGCUGUUUCUUAUGCCCACAUGCUUCAAUCUGCGACAUUUUUGCGCAAGAACUGUCGGCUUCUUUCGUGCUAUGACUGCCGUAAAUACAAUGGUGAGAGGGGACGCACUCAUGUAGUUUUUGCUUCAAUUCAGCAAUCUGAGAGAGACGUUUCCAUUGGCCCCAAGGUUGAAUCACUCCUAGACAGUGUGAAAUGGGACCGCAAAGGUUUGGCAGGGGCAAUAGCUCAAAAUGUGGACCCGGGAGCCAUUCUCAUGCAAGGUUUUGCCAGUAGAGAUGCUGCUGCUACAACCAUAUCAUCUCGCAAGGCAACAUUCUAUGAUUAUAUACCUUGGGAAGCCUGAUGGUCCAACUUGUCACACUGGGUCGGAGGGAUGCUAUUAUACAUCCGUCUUUGACUUGUUAAAAGAGCAAGAGGCUAGCUUCAAUCAAUCAAUCAUUGCAUUUUUAAUAACCAAGUGAUUCACUGAUUUGGGUUAUCUGUGAUAGGCCAAUGGAAGUAGAUUGGCUUUAACCUCAUUGUAUGCAUUGGAGUAAACAAUCUUCCAGCGAAAAGCAGAGGUAGCAGAAGGAGAAACUUUAAAGCCUUCGUGGACAAAGAGAUUACUGCUUAAUCAUAAUUUGCUGUGCUCUAAAAUCCGAGAGGAGGCAGAUGAGUUGUGUCAGACACUCGAGAAGAACGAGGACAAGUCACGAGCUGCCUCCGAGAUGGCAGAUGUACUAUAUCAUGCCAUGGUUUUGCUGGCAAAUAAAGAAGUGAAAGUAGAUGUUUUGGAGGUUCUUCGAAAGAGAUUUUCUCAAUCUGGUAUUGAGGAAAAGAGAAGUCGAGGGUCUCAAAAAUCAGAGGAGCAUUGAUAGUUCUGUGAAGUCUGCUUCUGAAACACCAUUAUGAGCCUGUGGUAAUGGUUGAUGGGAUACAGCACUCAUGUGCAUCAGCAGACAGGUUCACUUUGUAUGGAUAAUGUUGCCAUGUUGUGAUGUGCAUUGUGUUGUUUACUUCUUGUUCACGUGAUUGUUAUCCUCCCUAUUUCCACUAGACCUGUUUCACACAUUUUAAAGGCUGAGGUCAGAAGACAAAACUGAUAUCAAGAGAUACGUUUGGAUAUCUGUGAGAUAAAAUUGAUUAUUGAGAUUAUUUUGAAUAUAAUUUCAAGAUUAUUUGGUGUACAUUGUAUAAACUGGGCUUUCUAGUUUAAUACUGUAAUUGGAGGUUCAUUGUUCUUA